AUGUCUCUACUCAACCUCCCUGUCGAGUUGUUGGAGCAAAUCAUUCAGGAGACAAUGCCCGACGAAUACGAACCAUUCAUGCUCAGCUGCAAGACCAUCUACAACACCGGAUUAAAGCUCAUCGACAGACACAACACACUCCAGCGGACAUUCAGCAAGCUCGACUUCAGUUCGGUAUUUAAUCAGAAGGCAGACGGUUCGAUGAAGUUUCUCGGUCAGGUUGCCCAAGAGCCGCUGAUUGUUCGCUACGUCAAAUCAGCUACUACGAGUGCGAAAGGUAAGCUGGUCGACAUCGUAGCUCAGGAUCUGAACGAGCUUUGCCUUCUGCUCCAUGAAGACGGUCAGGCGCUACAGCGGCUUGUAUCGAGCUCGAGCUCUCCGGACAUCCGCGAGAUAUGGGUAUCGUCAUUCUCUACCCAUCCAACGAAUUCGCUGUCGAGAUCGCUCGGAGAUCUAAUUCAGGCUCACAGCUGGCGCGUUAUACUCAUAUCCCUAUUGGAGAACGUAUCGACGCUUGUGCUACCGAGGAAGUGGUUGAACCCUCUGGCAGCACCCGCUUCUAAGCUUCUGAGCAGCAUAGCGUCGAGAGCAUCAAGGACCAGAAUUGGUCCCCUGAGCAGACUGGAGACCCUAGAAUCAUGGUGCCACGAUGAUGAUCGGAUCGCUCUGCAGGACCUGGAAGCGUUUCUAGUCUUACCCAAGUUGCACCAUGUGUUGUGCGCGGGCUACGUAGCAGCUGUGGACGAGCACCUGAACGUCCCCUUCAAUUGGCGUCACCCUGACCUGACCUCAGAACUCUGCAAAAUCGAGCUCGCCUUCUGCUGCAUCAGUGGUACUGAAUUGGACAAGCUGUUGCCGCAUACCCCGAAGCUCCAGAUCUUCAAGCUGGCAUACAAUCGCACUAAUGCGCAUCGUGGCUGGGACGUCAAUGCCAUCGUGCACAGCCUGCAGCAGCACUGCGGUAAGACGUUGACGGAACUAUCUCUCACCAUCGACCAGCUUUCCGGCGGCACCAAAGGCGGACUACACGCCUUCAAGAGCUUCACUGUCCUCGAGGACUUGGAAAUCGACGCACGCUUCCUCCUCGGCCCACCAGUGACAGAGGAACUGAGAUGGAUGACGCCGGUAGAGUACAGGUCGCACUCAACAUACACAGCAUGGAACGUUGCUUCUGUCCCUAAGCUUACUGAGAUGUUACCACCAAGCAUCGAAAGUGUGCGACUGCUUACUGGAUCGGAUCCACAGGAAGUCCGUCUCCUCGAGACUCUGUUCAAGGGGUGGCACUUGAAGCAAUGCCCGCAUUUGCCUGCGCUGGAGAAAGUGGAGGUGGAACAUGGCACGGAGACAGUGGGCUGGGUCCCGAACGUCCCGGAGGACCACGCGCUCAAUCUUGCCAAGUGGAAGCCCGCACAAGAAGCGAUCGAAGCAGCAGGCUGUUGGUAUGACAUGCAUAUGUCGGUGAUGGGGAAGUGGAUCGAGGACAUCCUUUACAGUGAUCGGGCUGGUGCAUGA